AUGGAAACGCUCUACAAUUUGUUGGAAGUUUCCGCGUCUUGCAGUAGGCAGGAAGCGAAAGCUGCUUAUUUUCGCCUGCUGCGCAAAUUUCAUCCAGACAGAAGUGCUGAGGGCAAUGUUGAACGGCUGCAAGCCAUAGCUGUGGCGUGGAAAGUGAUCGGUGACGAGUGUUCGAGAAAGGUGUACGACAGAUGGUUGCAGGAACAAGAACUUCGUCUGAAUUCCGGCUUGUUUUACGAGACAGUUUCUCUUCGAGAUGUCGUUGACGAGAAAGACAUGAAAGCGAGCCUCGAAGCAGUACCUUCUCCGGUUCAGAUUGAUUGCAGGUGCGGCGGUUGCUUUGUCGUUGAUCCUCAACUACAGUUUUAUGGUCGCGACAAUGUUCUAGUACCCUGUUCGAACUGUUCAUUGAAUCUGCGAGUGACUGCUUUACCCUGCGACGAUAGUAGCAAUGGGCUACUUCAGUCAUAA